AUGGGUCUUGAUCGAUUCAACAAAACACCUUGCGGAUUCUGCUUCGUCGAGUAUUAUACCCAUCAAGAUGCGCUGGAUUGCUUGAAGUAUAUUGGAGGAACUAAGCUGGAUGAGCGUAUCAUCCGUACGGAUCUUGACCCUGGAUUCGAAGAAGGGCGGCAAUUCGGACGAGGCAAAUCCGGUGGCCAAGUGCGUGACGAAUACCGCGAAGAAUAUGACCCGGGUCGUGGUGGAUAUGGUCGUGCUUAUGAUGAGCAGCGCCAGCGCGAGGAAGACGAAUACGGCGCCGGAAGGUAG